AUGUCCCGAUAUUUUCGAUCCAAGGAUAUAAUUUCCGGUGAAUUACUGUUAAGGUUCAAGACUUUGGUGACUGGCAUUGGGCUUUACAUCCGUCUUAAUUUUAAUGAAAAUGGCCUAAUAGAAUCCUUUGAAGAUUUAACUAGAGAAAAUGCUAAUUUUAAAUUUACACAAGAAUUUUUUUAUUAUGAAGGGUUAUCAUCUGGAGCUUAUAUUUUUGGGGCAAAUUCGGAUUUAGAACCAACACCAUUUAACGAAACUACAAAAACUGAAUUUAUUAGAAACGAUUUUGUACAAGAAGCAAGACAAAUUGUUAGUCCUUGGGUUAGUCAAACAAUUCGGUUAUUCGAAGAUAAAAAAUAUAUUGAAUUUGAAUUUCUUGUUGGACCAAUUCCAAUAGAAGAAUUUAAAUCAAAAGAAAUAAUUACAAGAUAUUCAAUGCCAGAAAUUAAUUCAAGCGGUAUUUUUUGGACAGAUUCUAAUGGACGUAGAAAUAUUCAAAGAAAAAGAAAUUUCAAUAAAUAUUUUAAUUUGGGAGAAAAUAUAAAAUAUCCAUCAAGUGCCAAUUAUUACCCAAUUACUAGCCGAAUAGGUUUAUCUGACAAUUUAAAUCAAAUGAGUAUAUUAACUGAUCGUUCACAAGGAGGGACUAGUUUAAAUGAUGGACAGAUUGAAAUUAUGGUACAUCGUCGUUGUGUUAUGGAUGAUAGGUUGGGUGUUGAGGAAGUUUUGAAUGAACCGGUACAUCGUCGUUGUGUUAUGGAUGAUAGGUUGGGUGUUGAGGAAGUUUUGAAUGAACCGGCAAGUUGAAUAUUAAUAAC